UUCGAAACUUAUCUUUCCAAUAAACCACUUGACGGAAAUUCAACAUCCUUUAAGUCGUACUUAUCAACAUUAUAUAGAAGAUAUUUCGAUGUCGUACAAUAAAGAUGUGUUCCAAAAUAAUUUUCUUUCUACCUCUUGUAUUGUUAUUAACUUUUAUUAGUAAUGAUUCAACACAAGCGCUUUCAAUUAAUAAACCUCACGAAUUCAGAAGUGACGUCGUCCAAACGCAUUGGCCUACCGACAAAAAGCUUCCAGCUGCUGAUGUCAACGAAGAAGAUCAGCCUGGAUUUUGGAGAAAACAAUUGGUAAGAUUUGGGGAAGUAGCUAGUAAAGUGGGUAAUUCCGUUGGAUCUUCGGCAUCAAGUAUAACAAGAGCGAUUGAUAAAGUAUGUGAAGUUGUCAAAACUGUCAUUCCUUUAUUAGCUGCAGUAUGCCACGUUGGACAGUUUAAAUUCUGUGCUGCCACCACUGGAGCUCCCGACGAACUAAAUACUGCUAUCAAUAAUGGUUACGCAGAUUUAAAUUUACCAGAUUAAUUAAAAAUGUUUAUUUUUUAAAUAUAAUUUGUGGCAUUCCAAAAUAUAUAGAAUAACCCUCGUAUAUGUAAUACAUAAUUGACAUUUAUAGUCCACCAUGUAUAAGAUAUGAAAUUAAUUAUAAAAAAACGAAAAAUUUAGUUUUUUUCAAUAUUUAAAUUAUUAAAAAUUGAUUUUUUUCGAUUUUGAAUUCAUAAUUAGGAAAAUAUAGACAAAACUAGUUAAAAUAAUUACAGGUUUCAUAUUUUUUAAAACAUAUCGUUUGAAUUUAUACUAAAAAGAAUUUACGUUAAAAAAUUUUCGUUUAUAUUUCGAAUGGUACUCGUAUAAAUAGAUGUCUUAUGGUGAAUCGACCUAAAGAGAAUUUACUAAUGUGUUUACAAACUUAGUAACAGAUUACGAUAGACUGAAUCACUAUUUGUAAGCAGUAUAAACAAGAGGUUUUGGGGUAUUCCAGUCAGCAGAAACUAUUCAUGGAAAUUUGGAUAAUAUUCAGUCUGUAAAUUCCUAAUAGUUAUGCAAAUUAUUAACAUUGAAAAGUCGCGAAAUUUGCCUAUGCAAGAUAUUAAACUUCGCAUUCACUAUAUCUUCAAAAAUCAAUUUCAUUUAUUUUCAUUGUCAAUCUAAUUAUGUAAUACGACUUAUAAAUAAAAUGAAAUGAUGUUUA